AUGGACGUGUCUUACGUUCUCGUGGUCUUCUGUUGUUGUACACUGGUGCCUGUUGAGGCUAUAACUCGAGAUUAUUAUAUUGCAGCGGUUGAAAUUGGAUGGGAUUAUUUCCACGAGGAGAGAAGAGAUUCUGGGGGCAACCACAAAAAAACAUAUAAAAAUACAAUACAAAAAUAUAUCAAAGCUGUUUAUAGAGAAUACACAGACGCUACGUACACUGUUCCAAAACCAAGACCAGCAUGGGCCGGCAUACAGGGUCCAGUGAUUGUGGCCCAGGCUGGAGACACUGUGGUGGUCCAUUUCAAAAACCUGGCCUCUCAGCCGUACAGUGUCAGCCCAGUGGGAGUCACAUACUGGAAGCAGUCUGAAGGGGCCGGCUAUGAAGACUCGACAGGAGGCCAGGAGAAGGAGGAUGAUGCUGUGUCUCCGGGUGGAUACUAUGAGUACGUGUGGGACAUCCACUUUAAAAACGGCCCCACCCAAAGAGACCCGGAGUGCCUCACGUACUCCUACUCAUCCCAAGUGGACACUGUGCGUGAUAUGAACUCUGGACUUAUUGGGGCACUACUCGUCUGCAAACCAAAUGCCCUCACAGAAGAUGGGGAAAGGAGAAACCCAGCCUUUGUUUUGAUGUUUGCUGUUUUUGAUGAGGCGAGGAGCUGGUAUGGAGAAAUUGGAGAAAGAAGAAGCAGAGAGAAAUUCAGAAAAAGCAACACACGGAAGGAAUACCACACUAUAAAUGGAUACAUCAACUCCACGUUACCUGGGCUGACUAUGUGUUACAACCGUGGCAACGUGUUUUGGCAUCUCGUCGGCGUGGGCACAGCUCCGGACAUCCACUCCAUACGCUUCCAUGAGCACACGCUGCAGGUAUUGUCCCAUCGUAAAGUCACCGUGGAGAUUACGCCUAUGACUUUCAUCACAGCAGAAAUGAAACCCUCCUCUGUCGGUCACUUCCUCAUCACCUGUAACAUAGUGGCUCAUCGUCAUGCUGGCAUGAACGCCUUCUUCACCGUGGAGAAAUGCCCCGAUCUUGUGUUACCCGAGCAGCGAAACGCCAAAUACACAGACAGCGAUAACUAUGAUUAUGCAUAUGACCAAGACAGUUUUAAUGUCAUAAAUAUGGAACCCUACAAACCGAAGGUGCAAGCGAGGGCCAGCGGAGGAUUUUCUCCCAAAACCUGGCACCACUUCAUCGCAGCUGAAGAAAUAAUCUGGAACUAUGCUCCUCAUCUGAAGCACACAGACAGUGAGAUGCAGACUCCAUAUGGGCCUGAAGCUCCUCAUCACCUGGAAUACAAAUAUAAAAAGGUUGUGUAUGUGGAAUAUUCAGAUGAAUCCUUCAGCAGCAGAGUUAGCCCCCCCAACACACUGCUGGGCCCACUACUGAGAGGGAAGGUCAACGAUCAGUUUUAUAUCACGUUCAAGAACCUAGCCACUCGUCCUUUCAACAUCUACCCAAAUGGUCUCACCAAAAUUUACCCAUUGAAGAAAAGUGAAAACGAAGCAGAGAAGGACCUGCGCACAAUGGGAGUGGCCCCCAACGGCACUUUUGAAUACAUGUGGAAGGUCACCGCUGAGGACGGGCCCCUAGACGGAGACCCUCAGUGUCUCACACAGCUCUACCAGAGUACAGUGGCCCCGGAGAGAGACCUGUCCGCUGGGCUGGUGGGAACGCUGCUCAUCUGCAAACAUGGUGCCAUCGACAGAAAAGGCCGGCUGCUGAGCCCAGACCGGGAGUUGAGUUUGAUAUUUGGCAUUUUUGACGAAAACAGGAGUUGGUUUUAUGAAGAAAACAUGUCUAAAUCAAAGCAAUACCCCAUGGCCAACGAAACUGUUGAGUUCUACGAAUCAAAUGUUAUUCAUAGUGUGAACGGCAUCAUGUUCAGUGGGAGACAGUUCGUCGUGUGCCAGACAGAUGUCGCCUUCUGGCACAUCGCUAACGUGGGAACGCAGAGUAACUUCCUGUCGGUCUACUUCACUGGGAAUCUCUUUGAAUACCAGGGGGUUUACCAGUCGGUCAUCACACUCUUCCCAAUGACUGCUACCACGGUUUCCAUGGAGACGGAAACAAAUGGUGAAUGGGAGAUCAGCGCAUUCGACAGCAGCCGCAAAAGCAAAGGAAUGAGCAUUUUUUAUUCGGUUCGUCCAUGCGACAAAGGAAGGCUCCCUCUAGUCGAUAAUUACGAUGAUUACAGCGAGGAGGAUAACGCCACUGAUAUGUUUUACUCUGACUACUUGGACAUGCGGUCUGGUGAAAUUAGUAGCCGACACUAUUACAUUGCAGCAGAAGAAAUCACAUGGGACUACGGCAUCAGGAAGCCUCAGCAGUCCAUCGAAUUGGGAGAGAGUCGGCGUGGUAUGCUAAAGUUUCUGCCCAUGUAUAAGAAGGUUGUAUUUCGAGCAUACAGAGAUAAAGACUUCCAGCAUCCAUUUCAAAGAGGAGAGCUGGAGGAACAUCUGGGAAUCAUGGGGCCGUUUAUUCGAGCCGAGACCAAUGAGCUUCUCACAGUUGUAUUUAGGAACAAGGCUUCAAGGCCGUAUUCUUUUCACCUUCAAGGAGUGUAUGACCGCAGCCAAGGCGCUGGUUCAGGUCAAACUUAUGCUUCCGAUGCUCCCCCUGGGGUCCCUGGAGAUCCUGUGCCCCCUGGAGAGGCCAGAACAUACAACUGGAGAAUUACCACGAGACAAGGCCCCUCCGACAGAGAGCUCAGCUGCAGGACAGGAGCGUACUACUCUAUCCAGGAUAAGGACAGAGACCUUCACUCAGGCUUAGUUGGUCCUCUAGUUAUCUGCAAACCUGGCACCCUUCAGGGCCGGCUAAACAGGCAGCAGGAUAUCCAGGAGUUUGCGCUGCUCUUUCACACAUUUGAUGAAACUAAGAGCUGGUACCUGGAGGAGAACCUUCGAGAGCACUGUGUCCCUCCAUGCCGUGACAGUCGUGCAGCGCCCGGGUUCCGCACCAGCAACCGCUUUGCAGCGAUCAAUGGGUAUGUGGCAGAGACACUUCCUGGUUUGUUAGUAGCUCAGCACCAGCGUGUGAGGUGGCACCUGCUGAACGUGGGCAGUGAUGGAGAGUACCACGCUGUGCACUUCCACAAUCUGCCCUUCACUGUUCAAACUGGAGUGGACCACCGCAUGGGCAUCUACCAACUUUUUCCUGGUGUUUUUGGUACGCUGGAGAUGAGGCCUCCCACUGUGGGCACGUGGCUAGUGGAAUGCACUGUUGCAGAGAACCAACUGGCCGGUAUGAGAGCAAAAAUACUGGUCUACAACCCAAAGUGUGUCUUGCCAUUGGGAAUGAAAUCAGGAAGAAUUGAUGAUUUACAAAUCACAGCAUCAAACCAUUUUGAAAGCUGGGAGCCUCGUUUGGCCCGACUGGAUCAGUCUGGAUUCAUCAAUGCCUGGAUGGGCCAGGGGAAGAAGCCCUGGAUACAGGUGGAUUUGUUGAGACCUAUGCUCCUACAUGGAGUGAAGACGCAGGGAGUGAGAGCAAAGCUGAGGGACCACUACAUCACACACUUCUCUGUGUCCUACAGCCUGGACCAGGACACAUGGAGCCACUACAGAGGCAACAGCAGCAGGCGCAUCUGUCUUUUCUUUGGGAACAUGGACAGUGCUAAAGUAAAAGAAAACACCUUCUCUCCACCAUUCGUGGCUCGUUACAUCAGGAUUCAUCCUGUGAAUGUUGUGAAAAGACCAGCGUUAAGAAUGGAGCUUCUGGGAUGUGACCUGAACAGCUGCUCUCUCCCUCUGGGGCUUCAGGCCAGGCUGAUCCCUGACAGCAGCUUCAGUGCUUCUUCUGUUCAUUCAUCACUGCUGAGGACCUGGAGUCCUUCCCUCGCUCGGCUUCAUCAAGAGGGCAGUACUAAUGCCUGGCGACCUAAGAACAACAAUCCGCAUGAGUGGCUCCAGGUGGAUCUGGGGAAAGUGCGACGCAUCGCGGGCGUAGUGACUCAAGGAGCUCACUCACUGCUCACACAGAUGAUGGUGACCGAGUUCUCCCUCACGGUCAGUCAGGAUGGACAGUCCUGGGAAAGUGUGUUGGAGGGGGACUCACACAGGGAUAAGAUCUUCACUGGAAACAGUGACCCAGACGAGGAGGCUCUCACUGUCUUUGCUUACCCGCUGUUCGGCCGCUAUCUCCGGAUACACCCACUCGGGUGGUUCAACGACAUUGCUCUCAGACUAGAGGUCUUCGGCUGUGACACACAACAGCUUACUUUAUAG